AUGGCAGCUUUCACUCCCAUCAACCGCACAGAUGUAGUUGCGAACCCUUACUCUGCUCACCUCACUGCCCAAGAUGUGGACGGUGAGCUAGACGCCGCCACGUCUUCGUCCACGGAUCACAAGUCUGUCGCAUCACAGUACCUUGGCCGUGGGAAUACGAAAGUCGCAGACACGCCCGUCAAGCAGCACAGCGGCCCAUUGCGAGGCCGAGGAGCGAAGAAGACGAAUAACAAAGGCACAAUGGCGCCAGGCGACGACACCAGUGAACCGCCGGCCAAGCGACCGAGGAUCAGUCAAUUAUCUGACAGCAUAACCGAAGCUACCACAGGCGACAAGGACGGUAUUGGACGAAAGCCGACACUCACGCUGACACCAGACGAAGACUUGAUCGACCUACCAGACGUCCCGGAAGGCGAGAUUGCCGAACUCAUGCAAGCGGCAGAAUCAAAAGUAGAGCAGCCGCGCCGGUCGCCAUCCCGUAAUCUGGCCAGCACGGGUUCUUCCACGGAUGUCGACGGGGACGUGCCUCGAAUCCAGGACCAACAGGACUUGCUCGAUCCACACAAGCCAACUCAAGCUAGCGUCAGGAAGCCCAUCGUACGGAUGCCGUUCCCGUCAUCAUUACUCGACCGCCCGGCGAUUCACGGUGCCUCGAGCAGCACGCUACUGCGUACGUGUUUCCGUGUGGGGGAAGCACUGAACGUCGGGGCGCAGGCAGUCCGAGCCGGCCAGGACGUGAUUCUGGAGCUCUACGCACGUGUGGUGUCUUCGUAUCGAGCGAACAAGGUGGAUGGCGUGCAGUCAUUUGUGUUCAACGACCUCUAUCACGAUCGUCCGCCCCACGUGGAGGGGUCUUUCGAGCUGUGGCGGGAUAGCGAGCUGUGGAAUGCAGACAGCAGCGCCUUCCUGGAGCCAAAGCAGGGCGGGAUCAUGUGCAGAGUGAUUGCGAGGAUGAAGAGGGAUGCGGAAAGGGGGAAGUGGAGGCUGGAGGUGCUGAAUGUGUGGGAAGCGAACUGGGAAGACGUGGAACAUGUUGCUGGCAUCUACGCGCGAGAUCUGGCCGACAGGGAUGCCUGA